AAGCUGGACCCUUACAGCUGUUUCAGGCUUCAGCUUCGAUCAUAACGUUAUGGGUUUGCCGAAUGUAUAGCGCAGCGUGACAGGAGCCUAGCAGCAUGUCCACAAGUGAGCAGUGUGACCGUCACUGAAGAUUUCUACCCUGGGUCUGAGGCCACUGGAAUACAAACCAUGUUUCGUGUCACCUUCAAUGUAGUGACAGAGAAAGUUACCUUCACCUUGGCAGCCUGCCCCUCCGUCACGUGGAAGGCAGUGCAGCCUGAGGAGCUCAGCUCACCUAGUGGAUGUGAAAGCAAGACAAACCAAGGUGCAACAGAUGCAGGAGAGACAGCGAGGUCAGCUGGUGGAGACAGCAAUGUCACUUUGAGCUACCCCAGCCUCCAUCUCCAUGCGUACAGCAUCGAGAGCAUGACAACGUUUCCCAAUGGCUGUGGAAAUGGCACCACCGUUACCUGCAUAGUUAUGGAUAAUAAAGAGCCCCAAAACCAGACUACCUGUGUCAGUCAUAACGGGGGUUACAGCACCAGCAACAGUCAUGAAGAGGAAAUUCAAGAGGAUAAGCUCAGCCCUUCCAAAAUCAUGCGCUUUUUCACCACCCCUCGGAAACGGGCUAAUUCCAGUUCCGACAGGCCUCGUUCUCUGGUUUUGAUGGGCAACUCGACCACAUGGAAUGCUUUGUCUUCCAUCAGAAAAAUGGGAUCUUUCAAGAAGUUGAAAUCUUCAGUUCUCCAAGGAAUUCAAACAAGGGAAUGCUCGGACGUCUUAAAUGAGAACGGCGUAGGCAAACAUGGUUCAAACGGGGCAGUGGUGAGAGUUCAGACUAACAGAUAUUCCUAUUCGGGGCCUCUCCAUGAUUUCCAGAACGCAGUGGAUGGUUUAGCUUCUGACUGCUCUGAUGCGGAGGAGAGCGAUGAGUCUUUCCUGAGGAAUACUCAUCGCUCACGCAGCAUCAGGCGGGCUUAUGGUGCUGGCCGCAUAAACUUGCUAGACGCGGAUAAAGUUCAGAGUCAUCACAACUGUACUAGGCCAACAUCACCUGUCAUUGCAGAGCCAAAGAUCUGUGAAAUUUUGGUGAAAGACUCUGAAAACAACAGGAUCAUUUAUCGGAGAAGCAAAAGUUCGGAUAAUUUGAACUUUCUGAAAAAAAGCUCGUUCAAACGGAAGUCCACCUCAAACCUCACCGACCUCAAGGUUGCAAAUGAAAAACAAAUGCCAACAAGGUCUGUGAGUGUUACUUCUGCUGACUCGGACAAAACCGGUGGGAACCCCGAGAGGAGAUCCAAGCGAUGGAAGAGCCCUAUCAGGGCAAAGGAUUUUGACCGAGUUUUGAAGCUUGUCAGUAACGUUACAGAUGUUGCAUGGAAGAAGGAUGACCCCAAGACCACCGCUCCUUCUCCCACUGAGCAGUCCCAGAGAACAAGGUCAAACAGCAGACUGCACGAUGACUACUCCCGCAGGGUUUCCAGCAGCACAGACCAUGACAGAAAGAGAUGCACCUCCCCAGUAUCUACUCCAGACUCUUCCUUGCCGGGAACACCUUGUCUGCAAAGCCCCACAGUUGCUCAGGAUAAAGAGGCUGAAAUGAAUGUAGCUGUUGCUGAAGACAAAAGCCUCAGGAUGUCAUCGGGUAUCCCAGACUCUGAUAGCUUAUCACCCACGCUGAAUGACAUUAGUCCAUUUCCCAAUGAAGUGUUUUAUUCAGACUCAGAUGAACCAAAAGCUACACAGCAGUUUACACAUGAAGCUGAAAACCCUCACAUUCCGGUCAGGCCGACUACUCCAAAGCCUCAAAGUCCCACUGCAGAGAAGGUCAAGUGCAAUAUGAAUUUCCAGUGCCCAAACCAUCACAGCACGUGUUCACUGAGCUCAUCAGAGAGCGAGGAGAGAGCCGAGGUACCAGGUCUGAAGCUGGGCAGGAAUCCUGUUUGCUUCCAGGACUCGGUGCAAACUGUGUACUAUGAUGAUGGCAAUGAAGACAGUGGCAUAAGCAGUCACUCUCAGCUGAGCCUCAAUUUAGCCUCUGGUGCUGAAGAGAAAAAGGAAGAGGUUGUUUCUGAUGACCACUGGAAGAGAUCCCCAUCCCAGGAUGAAGACAAGACAGACACACAAAAGGUCACACCCAGGAGAUGGGGCUCUGGAAAAAGAUCUCGUCCCAGACCUCUCUCAGACUAUGGCCAAAUGUCGAUCAGAAGUUUCUCUAUACCAGAAGAUGCAGUUGCGGUGGAGUCUCAGAGGACAGACUGCACGGAUGGAGAAAAUCAGCCAGGACUGGCUUCCAUCGGGUCUGUGAUCCAAAGCAAUACAGUAGGCUACCACAGAGGGCGAAAAAGAAGACCCAUCUCCGUAAUAGGUGGGGUCAAUUUCUAUGGAAGCGGUCCAGCGGAAGAGAUAGAAGGUCUGCUGACACAACCUGUAACACGGCCACCAAUUCCAGCGCACCAGGUCCCCCCUUACAAAGCUGUUUCAGCCAGGUUCCGGCCGCUCACCUUUUCACAAAGUACUCCCAUCGGCCUGGACCGGGUUGGACGAAGGCGGCAGAUGAGAACAUCUAAUGUUGCUGCAGAUGGUGGGACUGAAUCUUCGGCCUUAGUGGACGACAAUGGCAGUGAGGAAGACUACAGUUACGAGGAGCUCUGCCAAGCCACUCCCAGGUACCUGCAGCCCGGAGGGGAACAGCUAGCAAUUAAUGAGCUGAUAAGCGAUGGCAGCAUUGUCUAUGCAGAAGCUCUCUGGGACCAUGUGACUAUGGACGAUCAAGAGCUGGGCUUCAAAGCUGGAGACGUCAUUAGAGUCCUAGAAGCUUCCAACAAAGACUGGUGGUGGGGAAGAAAUGAGGACAAGGAAGCCUGGUUUCCAGCUAGCUUUGUCAGGCUGCGAGUUAAUCAGGAAGAAGUGCCAGAAAAUUGUAGUAGUAUCCAGGAUGAAGAACAAGAUGCAGAUAUUAGCAAGCAUCGUCAGAAAAUAGCUGAAAACAAGGAUCAGAUGAGAACCAACGUUAUACAGGAAAUUAUGAACACAGAACGAGUCUAUAUCAAGCAUCUCAAGGACAUCUGUGAGGGUUAUAUUCGGCAGUGUCGCAAACAUACAGGAAUGUUCACCCCAGCUCAGUUAAGCACCAUUUUUGGAAAUAUUGAAGAUAUUUACAAGUUCCAAAGGAAGUUUCUGAAGGAUCUUGAGAAACAGUACAACAAAGAGGAACCUCAUCUAAGUGAAAUAGGGUCAUGUUUUCUUCAACAUCAAGAAGGCUUUGCUAUUUAUUCAGAGUAUUGUAACAAUCAUCCCAGUGCCUGCAUUGAACUUUCCAAACUAAUGAAACAGGGCAAAUACCGUCACUUCUUUGAGGCCUGUCGCUUGCUUCAGCAGAUGAUUGACAUUGCCAUUGAUGGUUUUCUUCUCACACCCGUUCAGAAAAUCUGCAAAUACCCUCUGCAGCUUGCAGAACUGCUCAAAUACACCACUCAGGAGCACAGUGAUUAUAACAACAUAAAAGCUGCAUAUGAGGCUAUGAAGAAUGUAGCGUGCCUGAUCAAUGAGCGAAAACGAAGACUAGAAAGCAUAGACAAGAUUGCACGUUGGCAAGUCUCUAUCGUAGACUGGGAGGGACCAGAUGUGUUAGCCAGAAGCUCAGAACUGAUCCACUCAGGAGAACUGACCAAAAUAUCAAAGCAAGGCAAAAGCCAGCAGAGGACUUUCUUCCUUUUUGACCAUCAGCUUGUAUUCUGUAAGAAGGACUUACUGAGAAGGGACAUCUUGUAUUAUAAGGAUCGUAUUGACAUGGAUGAGAUGGAAAUUGUGGACACUGAAGAUGGCAGAGACAAAGACUUUAACAUUAAUGUCAAGAAUGCUUUUAAGAUAGUAAACAGAGCAACAGAAGAGAUUCACUUGUUCUGUGCAAAAAAACAGGAGGAUAAAAAGAGAUGGAUGGAGGCAUGCGAAAGUGAGAGGAGAAGAGUUCAGGAAGACAAGGAAAUGGGAAUGGAAAUCUCAGAAAACCAGAAGAAACAAGCCAUGCAGAAUGCCCGUAAGUCAAGGCAUGGAAAAAUUAAAGGUGUAAGCUACAACGGGUGUCCUGUGCCGCCUCCACACCAAAGCCUGCAUCCUAUUCAUCAGCGCCACAUCACUGUGCCUACCAGCAUCCCGCAGCAGCAGGUUUUUGCCCUGGCAGAACCCAAGCGGAAGCCAUCCCUCUUCUGGCAUACCUUCAACAAACUCACCCCCUUCAAAAAGUGAGAGGCCAAGGACUUGGGAAGGGCAUCAGCAUGGAGGGAGACUUACUCCAUCCAGAGAAGGACCUUGGAGACACAGUUAAGCUUAUUUGAGCUCGGUGAUUCUCCAAUUUUGGAGGGAAAACCUUGGGCUCCCUUGAGCCAGAAACACCACCUUUGUCCAGAAGAAGAAUGAAGUUCCUCAACUCUGCUCUGAAGUUAAUGUUGCCAGGUGUCAGCGUUGCUGAUGAAGAGCAAUUUCCCUUCUGACAAAGACAGCUUGCCAUUACUCUGAAGCAGCAGUAUUUGGUCUCUGUUUCUUAGUUUUGUUGUAGUAAUGAUGGAAUCAUGCAGGUCAUUGUAACAUUUCAUUUUUCUUAAUCUUAUACUGAUGGCCAAAUUUAGGAUAGGGAGGAGUUUUUCCUUAAGGGUAGGUGUAUCAGCAAGGAAUCUUAGGAGAGUUUUCUCCUUCCUUUUGGAGCACUGAGCAGAAACCGCCCAGGUUUCUCAGGUGGAGAAAUCCCACGUGAUUAACCUGCUGUUGCAGAAUUUGGUGGACCCUAAUCCUUCCUGUCUUUUUCUAUUAAAUUGCCAAAUGGCAGGAGAAUGUCCCACAAGGCCUUACCAUAUUCCAGAUUGGAACAGGGAAAUUUUAUUCUGUCAUAUAGAAAUGUGAACAGAGUGCAAAAUGGACUAUAAGGAUAUGUGCAUUUGUUGCGCACAAGUGGAAACAAGAGGAGCCCAGGGCAUCUCAGACUGAUUACUUUCAGUCGCAGCAAUAUAUUGCAUGCAUGUAUGCUCUUCAGUGUAGAGCUUUUAUAUCACUUUUUGCGCACUACUUAGCCUGGGAGACACUUCUUUUUAUUUCCAAUAUGCUUAUUUCUCUGUGUAAAAAGUAUUUUUUUAUUUUUUAACAGAGAUAAUGUGAAUGUACAAAGUCAGAGUUGAGACAGUAUGUGCUGACUGCUGGCUAUGUUACAUAGUUCUCACACUUUGUAUUCAUAUAGCUUGACUUAGAAAAUGGAUGAAUGGUAAUGUAAAUAUAUCAAAGUGGUCUGAAUCCAUGCUUCUUAUACACAGUCAAUUGACAAUGGGUUUUGACCAAUUAUUUCUUCACAAAGAAAGAGAAAUCCUUACCGGAAGAGACACAGAAAUUGUGUGGACCAGAGCUGGAUUUUUGUCUCUGAGUCAUCAGUCUGUAUUGGAAGAGAAAGAACUUGACGCCAGCAUAUGCAAUACGUGAUUUGCAUUGCUGCAAUUUGCCUAUGACAUGAAGCUGAUUUGGGAGAAUUAACUUUUAAAAAACCACCAGGAAGAAACAGGAUCUUGAUAUUUGCAGCACUGAUCAUUUCUGCUUGAUAACUCUCACUAAGGAUGAUGAGACUUGGUAAUAUGGAAGGAAAUAAAGACUCCAUAUGUUUCAGAACUGAUUUAUUAUGAAUGUCUUUACAAUACUUUAUCCUAUGCUGCUGAUUAGGGGCAUUAUCUGAUGAUAAGGAUAGAUCCAAGAGUAUUCUUUGGCAAUGGACACAAUCAGCUUUGUCAUGAAUCUGUAAUAUAUGAAGAACAAACAAGGGGCUAGAGGCCAGGCAUCUUAACAACAAUGUAAAAAAGCCUUAUUUUAAACAUUUGUUCCUACUACUAUUGUUACCUCUAUAUUUUUAUUUAUCGUCUGUGUUGUGAAGCCCAGUAGUCACUAGAUUUUGUGAUUUGAUAACUUUGUGGCAACUUCUGCAAAGCCCAGGUUUGUAGUUUUGAUUUUAAAUUACAUCUUUUGAGAACUGUACAUUUCAAAUGCCUUGUGUAUAUAGCUCAGCAAUAAUGCAAAGUCUGGUGAUGCUCAGCCGAAUUGUUCACUGCACAGUGAACUUCAUUGCUUGUGUUUUCCCAUAGCGAUAGAAGAUGACCUGAAACAGUUAAGAACUGGAAAUACACACUGACAUUUUCAAUGAUCCAGCUUAAAGAAAAUGCACGGGAAAGUUAGUGAAAAAAAACUGUCUGGGUUGUAUUUUUCUUUUGAUGUUUAAAACAAGCCAUCUCUUUUCAGAUUUUUUUAAAGAUAAUUCUAAAUGCUCAAUUUAAACACAAGGAGCAGACUUCCAAAUGCAGGCAUGGAUGCAUGCCCUUCCCCUUUAAUGAGCAACCCUUUUGUGUUUCUUACCCAUUUUCGUGGAUACUUGCCAUGGUCAGGCCUGCAAACCGAAGCGGUGCAUGUACUGUGGAAGUGGAGAUGAUUUUUUCAUAAUCACAUUUUGAAAGACUUGUUCUAGAUGCAAAAAAAUGUCUGAAGUUGGAUUGCAGUGCUCACCCAGAAACUUUCCCAGCUGGACCUGAAGACAUUAUGAGAUACACACUUAACUUACACAUUUGUCUUUGCUAAAACCUACUUCCAUCCAGGGCUCAGUUCUGUGCAGUGCUGGAGAAAAAAGGAGAUUUUGGGAUGUAUCUUCUGACAUGUCAGUGCCCAUGAAGGCUCUUCCCUCAUAGCAGUGCUGGUGCCUUAGCCCUAAAAAUGAACAGAAAUGUUUGUAUAUGGUUUUGGAUGCAGCAGGGUUUUUUCCUCAAGUAGUGAAUUUCAGAGAGGUGAAAAGCAAAUGUUUCAUGGUGCAGAUUACUCAGGACAAUUUUACAUGUAGUACCCUACAUAUAGACAUGGUUGUUUUGUAAUAUUCUCUGUGUCUUUCUUUGCAAUCUGACCUUGCAACAGAUUAAGAUAAAAUGUAACACGACAGGCCAUAAUCUUUUAAACAAAUUACAUUUAAAUGAAAACACACAAUUUCAUUAUCCAACAAUUAAGACAAAUAUUUACUUGGGGUUCAGCCUGACUUGAGAAUCUGUGGGCAAAAGAGUUGCAACUAAAAUGUUCAAGUUUGUAUUCUAGCAAGUCUGGCCCUGAUCCUCCUCCUGAUGACAAAACUUACAGAUGACCAGAAAGGUGUGAUGGCAACAUCUGUUCUUUUCCUCUCACUUCCGCAUGCUUUAAGUUACUAGAAAAAGUUCUAGGGCAACUACUAAGCACAUCUGUGCCUCAUUUAGUUAAAAGCACAGCCAGAGCCUUCCCAAUGGCCUGCUGAGCAGAUAACCUCAGACUUUAUGCAUGAGAUGCAGUAAAAUAUAAUUGUCCUCAAAUGUGUUCCCACUGAGUUAGGGUAAUGCCAAACCAUAAUUGCAUCUAACUCGGAGCAUUUGAUGUAUAAAAUAAUAAGAUUGUUUUACAAGUGGCUUUUGCCAUGCUAAAUUUCACAUUGAGUUUUAGUGGUCAGUGUAAUAAAGGAGUUCAAAGACAGACUACUCAAAUGUUCCACAUUUUAGUUGUCUUUUGAAAAUAAUUAUAACAGAGUUUUGGAACCAAAGGUCUUUAGCCAUAACUAACGCAGUAUCUUUCUUUGACUGCCUUUCUGCUUUUUUUCUAUAUGUGUGGCAUUUGUAUGUAGGAGAUGCCUUCUGAACGAUCUCUAAUUUAAAACUAUUUGUUGUAAAUAGUAGGGAUGACUUGCAUAUAUAUUUUAUUUUGACAAGCGUUUUGUAACAUUUUAUCUUACGUACAUUACUUUGUGCAUCUUACCAUCCGUGUGCUGUUACACAUGUUGUGAAUGAAGUAUCCUGGCUACAGAGCAGAUGAAUUGGCUGUUGACGGCUGAAGUACAAUGUAUAGGACUGCAGUAGCUUGAUGUGCAUUUGUUCUGAAGUAAUUGCAUUGCAAGGUUUAUUUACUCUUGGAACAUUGUUUGUGAAAUGAAUCUAUUUUCUGGAAAUCAGUACAAACUUACAUUCCCGUUAUUUUUCUCUUACUGUAUAUGUUUGAAUUAAAUAAUGUACGAAGCUGAAGUUCCUCAGCUGUGUCUUAUAAAACUUUAUUGUGCAGUUUUAAAA